AUUAACCCAGUCACACGAAACAGUUGUUUCCAACUUUUGUCAUGUGGAAGUCGUGGGUGAAGGGGAGCUUUCUCAUAGUUUUAGGGGCUGUCAGUUUAUUUUACGUUCAAGAUGCCGCUAAUAAGUUUUGGAAGAAAGAAUCAUCCCUGACGAACAGCAUUAAAAAAUCGCUUCUGAUCAAGAUGCCACAAAUAACAUUUUGCCCUGGAAUGAAGAGAGAUCAACUCGGGAACCGGAUUUCCCAUGAUCAUCCAGGUCUUUUCACCUAUUUUGACUUCAGCGAUACAAACACAACUACAAAAGAUGUGGUCAUGAAUUGGUGGGAAAGCAAUAACUACAAAUAUGAAGAAAUCUUUCGCUCGGUGGAAAUCAAGUUCAAUCAGAAUAUUUCCGUUGAUCCCCAACCGCUGGGCAUGAAUGCAAACUUGGCCUUGGUCGAGAUCAAUUCCAGCCUUGGCCGUUGCUUCUCUUUCGAGGUUAUUCCACCCAUGCCGGCAGAAGCCAUGAUCAAAUUUCAAUUUAAUAUGACUAAAAUUGAUACGCUUCGGUUUUUCAUGCACGACAAAGACGACAAAUUGGGAUUUUAUUUUAAUUAUUGGCUGAAGGAAAUUCUUUUUAUGAAGAUAAACAGAGGGCUUAUCCAUGAUUUCCUUAUUACUAUGAAAGAGACCACUCUCUUGAACUCCAACGACUUUCCAUGUAUCGAUAUUGAAGACGCCUCUUUUGUCAACUGUGUGUUUCAAAAGACCAAAGAGAACUUCAAGAGGGCAUAUGCAGCUUGGAAGACAGCUUGUUCCAUUCCGCAAAGCCAGAUCGUCGAGGACGCGGAAACGUCCAAUGUUCCUUUGUGCACCUCAAAAGUAGAUUCCGAUUACGCAAAGGACGUUUUGAUGAAGGAGGUAUUGGGAAAAGUCGGCUCAUUCGUGCAGGAAUGUCCAAGAGAUUGUACCACCAGAACAUAUCAGAUCAAAGAGAGACAGGACUUCACAACAUUCGACCAAACCAAUCUUUCAAGUGCAUACUUCAUUUGGCAGACAACAAAUUAUGUUCAAGAGAAAGAGUAUUACAUUUAUGAUGUCACCACGAUCGUGGGUAUUGUGGGAGGAAGUUUGGGUCUGUUUCUUGGAUUAUCCUGCAGAGGGGUGCUCGAUCAAGUCAUUGACCUUGUGUGGACUCACUACCCUAGACGCAUCCAAACAAAUUUAAAGAAAUAAAAGUCCGAUACCCCGUUGUUUAUGUAAAUGCCAAUUCGUUUCAAUACAUGUCGACCAAUCAUACUCCAAGAAAGUAAUACAUUCAGAAGCCAAGAG